CAGCGAGGCAGCCAAGCCGUGCGUGGGAGGGACUACAGCGGCAAGCUCUCCUUUCAAUUACGCGACAGAGACCAGCCCGGGAUGCUAACAUGCACGUCUGCAAAAGGUGUGCUGUGGAUAUGAUCGCGCGAAGAAAAACAACAAUUACUCGAAACUAAGCGGUGAAAAUCUAAUGGCCUCUUUGGAGUUACUUUAUAUAGAUAAAGCAGGAGGAAAAUCCGAUACGCCACUCGUCCUUGAAUGGGCAUCAAAUCCGCUGGACGUUCACAAAUCGAAAAGCCCAGCCGUCGAGGCGCUUCCCAGGGAGACUGAGCGCUGUUUGGCUGUGAGAGUAUCUGACUGCGAAGGACAAUGUAAUUCAGCACCAAGGACGGUUCCCUUGAAAGGACUCCCUGGCAAACACGGCCACAAAGGAGCCGAAAAGGUCAGGGUCUGCUGCGACGAGGAAUUGGAAACUUCUUUCACGUACGUGGACGAAAAUGUCAACUUGCGACUGGCAACUCCGGAUGCAAGCGGGAAAAUUCCACCCGGAGCCGUUUGCCACAGCUCGUCGUGCGAACUCCGCCCCGAUGGCUUUCAGGAGUUCUCACUAAUGUCCGAAAAUGACCUCACGUCGGAAAGUGCAGGGAAAUCGGUUGACUAUGGAUUUAUUAGCGCAGUCACUUUUCUUGUGACUGGAAUCUCGCUGGUUAUCAUAUCUUAUUCUGUACCCCGUGACGUUAGCGUGGACCCUGACAGCGUCUCGGCCAGGGAGAUGGAAAGGCUGGAGAACGAGAGUGCUCGGGUAGGCGCUCACCUGGAUCGGUGCGUGAUUGCCGGCCUCUGUCUCCUCACCUUGGGCGGUGUCGUGCUCUCCACUCUUCUCAUGAUAUCCAUGUGGAAGGGCGAGAUGUACCGGAGGAAAGCCUUCGCCUAUUCCAAGCACUCAACCAAACUAUAUGGUUCCAUUAACUUUAACACAAGGGCUAGCCCUAGCUGCGUAUCUUCCCAUUGCUCCAUGGAGGAAGUCAAUGACGCAAACGAUAACCGUGUAUGACUUAUGUCUGUAUUGCAAACCCAUGCACUCCACACAUGUCCAAAUAUUAACGAAAUGAACACACACACACACAUGCCCGCAGCAUACUAACAUAUCGUGGAUGGAACUAAUAAUCCGUGCUGUAUUACGCCACAGUGUCAGUGAUUAGUCUAAUUGACUUGUAGUGUAGCACUAUAACAUGUUCUGAAACAUUAAUUACAUGAAUGGUCACAGAGACAAGCAUUAGCAGUAUGCUCAGCAGUGUUGCAGUGUAACAAGACAGCAUGUGUUUUGAAAUCUGAAUUGUUCAUCAUUUGAAAUGGAUUUUACCCUUCCAGUAAAAACAACCAGAGCACAUGUCAGAAUACUUGAAAGCCUCUAGCUGUGGGGAGAGAGACAAUGUAUUGGAGAUGCAAUAUCAUGACGCUUUCAUUUUAUCAUUCAUUUUUAAUGUUGGGAAAGCAACUUGCAGCAUGCAGGAUUUUUGAAAAGAAAUGUGUCAAUCUUCUGUGAGCUCAGAAUUGUGAGGUGGGAAAAGGCUGACUGUAGGCCUAUACACUUACAGCUGUUUGUUUGUUGUCAAGACCAACUUAUAUUUCGACCCGGAGGUUCACAAAGUGGAAAUAAAUCAAAGGUGUCCGAUACACCAGGAUAUGCCCAUGUCCAUUCUCCAAACUGGCUGGUUUCUCAAUUUAAAAUAGUG